CUCCUUGUUCGUGGAAACGUGGGGUCGUUGUGAAUUCCGGUCCGUCUCUUCAUUCAGCCGCCCUCCUCUGUGUGGCUACGCUAGACCGUGAGUUGGUAGCUAUCCAUUAAGCCGCAGCAAGCAGCCUACGUUGUCUCUGGGUGUUUCAGGUCCUUCGCCGGUUUGUCUUUCCCCUUCCCUUGAUCCUUAACUAUCCCGGCCCCAGCCAUGGCUGCGAGUGCGAAGCGAAAACAAGAGGAGAAACACCUGAAGAUGCUCCGAGAAAUGACUAGUUUGCCUCCCAAUAGAAAGUGCUUUGACUGCGACCAACGCGGCCCAACCUAUGCCAACAUGACGGUGGGGUCCUUCGUUUGUACCUCUUGCUCCGGUAUUCUACGAGGACUGAACCCCCCACACAGAGUGAAGUCCAUCUCCAUGACGACCUUUGCACAGCAGGAAAUCGAGUUUCUCCAGAAGCACGGGAAUGAGGUGUGCAAACCGAUUUGGCUCGGUCUCUAUGACGACAGAACCUCCUCCGUCCCAGACUUCCGGGAACCACAGAAAGUGAAAGAGUUCCUUCAAGAGAAGUACGAGAAGAAAAGAUGGUAUGUCCCUCCGGAGCAGGCGCGCGUGGUGGCGUCGGUUCAUGCAUCCAUCUCCGGCUCGUCGGCCAGCAGCACCAGCAGCACUCCCGAGGUGCGGCCGCUCAAGACCCUGCUGGGGGAGUCUGCCCCCACCCUGCACCUCAACAAGAACACCCCCAGCCAGUCUCCGGUGGUGGCUCGUUCUCAGCAGAUGUCUCAUCAGGAGAAGAAGUUCGACCUCCUUAGUGAUCUGGGCGGAGAUAUCUUUGCUGCUCCACCCUCACAAGCCCCCAGUUCCUCCUCUGCAAACUUUGCUAACUUUGCACAUUUCAACAGCCAUCCAGCUCCGAACGCUAGCGCAAGUGCAGACUUUGCCAACUUCGAUGCGUUUGGGAGCUCUGCUGCUGCAGCCACUGCCCCUGCUCCAUUUCCAUCCGCUCCACCUGCAGCCAUCAGUGCUCUCCCAUCCAGCCGCAGUGUAGGGGAGUUCUGCUCCGCACUGCCUCCACUGCCGCCUCACAGAGGCUCCUCGGGACUAGCUAACGCCAGUUUUGCAAAUUUUGACAACUUCCCCAAAUCCUGUAGUGCGGACUUUGGAGCGCUGGGCCAGCGAGGCACGUCGGCAGGCGCAGACGCAGGCAGAGUAGACGGCGCUAGUAGCGUGCCAGCCGAUAGAUAUGCGGCCCUUGCAGACCUGGACGGCAUCUUUAACAUGGCCCAGUCUGAGUCAGGGGGCGCUGUUCCGACUGGGGUGAGCUCUGCCCCUCCCUCUGCAGGCGUGGGGCCCCCGCCAGGCCCCGUUGGCUCCAUGGGGGGCGACCGCUACGCUGCGCUGGCCGAGCUGGACAACGUCUUCAGCUCAUCUGCCCCGCCCACCAGUGUCUACAACACCAUCAGCACGGCACAGGAAACCAUGUUUGGUGCUGUAACUAGUGUGUCCUCAGCACAGAUGCAGCAAGGAUUACCCAGCAUGCCACAGUGCUUUGGAGGUCCUUCGACUAACCCUUUUGUUGCCUCAUCGGUUGCCCCGGCAGUGGCCCCCACCAACCCAUUUCAGACCAAUGGCAGAGCUGCCGCUGUGGCCGCAGCAGCCUCGUUUGGCACAGGUUCCAUGAGUAUGCCAGCUGGCUUCGGAAAUGCAGCGGCCUACAACAUGCCCACAAGCUUUAGCGGAACCUUCCAGCAAGCCUUCCCUGGUCAAGCUUUCCCCCCGACCCAGGCAUUCCCUCCACAGCCCAAUGGGGCGAGCUUCAGUGCUUUCGGUCAGCCCAAGCCAGUCCCUGCGUUCGGUCAGCCCAUGGCAGCCCCUGGGGUCUCCAGCAAUCCCUUCCUGAUGGGCGCUCCUGCUCAGUUCCCUACAGGAAACUCCUCCACCAACCCCUUCUUAUAGCGCCUCCUCACCCACAGAGGGCGCUGUGGCUGCGCUUGCACCUCUUGCACUGUUCCGUUCCACAGGAGUAGCUUUAAAAGAAUACAAAAAAAAGGAAAACCUUUCUAAAGGACCUGCAACAUUUUUGUAACCAGUUUUAAGAACAAAAAAUAGAAUAAAGAAAAAAGAACGAAAAAAAAAGAAAGAAAAGCACCAACCUUAAAGCAACAACAGCGGCUGUGAACAACUUUAGACUGUGAUGACAUCGCCCACGGCAACCAAACGCAAAGCAGGGUAGCGCUGGGGUAGGAGGAGGAUGCCCUCGCUCCCCCUCUUUGAUAUGUGACCUCUGAACUCUGGGUUGCCUUUGGAGGUCCUUGCCUCUGCGCAAAACUGACUGACUCCCCCCGACAACUAAGUUAUUAUUGCAAAACCGACCCCUUACACUCAUCGUGCUGCAACCCUGUACAGAAUUUAAGUUCUUCUCUCUUCUUUUUUGUUUCCCUUAGCAGAAGCCAGACUUUAGCUCUUGUGCAUAUCAGUAUUUGUAUCUUUUAACACAUUGUGUUAAGUUCUGAGGGUUAUAGGGGAGAGAAACAUGGGGCACUUCUGCUUAACGGCUACAGUGACUGAACCAGACUUUUAGGAGAGAAGAACCCAUCUAUUCACACUCUACAUACACACAAACACACACACACACACACACACUUACUUGUGGGACAGCACUGGCUUAAAAAAAAGACUCCUGACUUCUUUGUUUCAUCAAUGGCAUAAGCAAAAAAGAAAGAUGCAAGAGAGGAGAGGAGUGGUUCUGUUUAUUCUCUCUGCUGCCAGCGCCCUGGGGAACAGGGACCCAGAGGAGAUCAGGUGGGCUCACCUGGAACAGCAUCACCUGUGAAGCCCCUUCAGACUGGACCGACCACUUCUACUGGGCGUUAUAUGAAAUUUAAGUUAAUGUGUGUAUAUAUAUAUUAUAUAUACAGUAUAUAUUAAAAAUGAAUUUUAACUAAAACAUUUCAAGUGA